CCACUACGCACUUCACUGAUGUCAACCAACUAGGCGCGUCCACGCCUGCGACCGCGUCCGUCUAACACGACCGAGGACCAAGAAUGAACGUUUGCCUUGGUCCACGCAACCACUCGAGGCGGCAUGGUCAAGCCGCGGGCAGCGCGCAAAAAGCCAGUAGUGGUAUCGUCCGGCAGCGACGAGGAUGAUCGAUACUCACCGCCUGCGAAGCGUCCCCGCAAGGGCACGCUACUAAGCCUCGCGAACGGAUCCCGCGCACCCGGAGACGCGACGCCUUCCAAACCGACGCGACGCGCUUCAUCGCCAAAACCCUCUAGCACCGGAGUCAAGAAGUCGCCAGCAAAGUCGCCAGCGAAGUCGAAGGUUAUCUCGAAACCCAUUACGUCCUUCUUUGGUGCUGCUCCGAAGCCUACCUUUUCACAGCCCACGCCGAGCCCCGAAAAGACCUCUGUAGGCACGCCGGUCGACGUUGACGAUAUCUUUGAUUCUUCAGACGACGAGUAUGGGAAGGCACGCCCGACCGCCCUACCGAUGCGGAAGGGCAAGCCGCCUGCGGUGGACAAGGAGAGCGGCUUGAAGAGCACUCAUCGCUUUCUGCGAACAGCCAGUGGAGGCCGGGCCACUCCCACGCCAUCGCCGGCGCCCGUUGUUGAAACUAUAGACAGACGCCCUUGGAACGAGAAAUACGGUCCGACGUCACUCGAUGAGCUGGCUGUGCAUAAGAAAAAGGUAGCCGAUGUUCGCACAUGGCUCAUCGAUGUCUUCAGUGGUAAGGAGCGCAAGAGAUUGCUGCUUUUGAAAGGUCCUGCUGGAAGCGGCAAGACCACCACCAUAGCCCUCCUGUCCAAGGAACUGGGCUUCCAUACGCAUGAAUGGAAGAAUCCCGAAAGCACGAAAACGUCCGAUGGCGGCUUUGUCUCCGUCACGGCGCAAUUCGAAGACUUUGUCGGCAGAACUGGCACCUUUGGCAGCCUCACGUUCGACGAACCCACUGAGGAUCGCCAGCAGACGCAGAAUCUGACUGAGAUAAGUCGAGAGAAGCAACUAAUAUUAGUAGAGGAAUUCCCUAAUACAUUCACACGCACUUCUUCUGCUGUACAAUCUUUUCGGUCCUCUGUCCUCAAUUUCCUUGCCGCAGCCACCCCUUCCGCCACUGCUUUCUUUAUGGGAAAAGCUGAUGCUCAAACUGUAACACCAAUCGUCAUGGUCAUCUCUGAAACCUUGCUAUCAACAAACACUGCCGCAGCUGAUAGCUUCACUGCCCAUCGGUUGCUGGGUCCUGAGAUACUGACCCAUCCCGCGGUUUCCGUUAUUGAGUUUAACCCCAUUGCGGCGACAUUCAUGACAAAGGCACUGGAUCUCAUUGUUAUCAAAGAGGCACGCAAAACAGGCCGAAAGAAAACUGUCGGUCCACAGGUGAUACAGCGUCUUACAGAACUCGGAGAUAUUCGCAGCGCUAUUUCAUCACUUGAAUUUCUCUGUGUAAGAGGAGACGAGACGGAAGGGUGGGGCGCAAAAGUGAAUCUCACCAAGAAGAAAGCGCCGAAAACAUCGAAAGACACCCCCAUGACGCAGAUGGAGCAAGAGUCCCUGGAGAUGGUCACGCAACGUGAAAGCACACUCGGCAUAUUCCAUGCUGUCGGUCGAGUAGUGUACAACAAGCGACAUCCUGAAGAUCCUAACAAGCCGGUCGUCCAGCCUCCCAACUUCUUUCCGGAACGGCGGAGACCAAAGGCAUCCGAGGUCGACAUCGAAACGCUCAUCGACGAGCUCGGCACCGAUACCCAAACGUUUAUUGCGGCGCUACACGAGAACUAUGUCCUGUCAUGUGACGCAGGAGACAGCGAAGAAACCCUCGAUUGCAUCAAUGGUAGCAUCGAUGCCCUAUCCGACGCCGACCUUCUUUCGCCUGAUCGCUUUGGUGCGUAUGGAUCCAGUCGACGAAACUUCCAGGCAACAGGUGCAGACAACCUUCGCCAGGACGAGAUGAGUUUCCAAGCUAGCGUCCGAGGCCUGCUCUACAACCUCCCGAACCCCGUCAAACGCAUCACACCUCCACCAGGCGUCAUGGGAGCGAAAACAAAAGGCGCCGGUGCAUCCGCCGCCGCAGCAAGAGGCAGCGCGUUCGUCAUGUACUACCCCUCAUCGCUACGUCUAUGGCGCCAACAAGAAGAAAUCGGAGGACUGCUCGAAGUCUGGAUAUCCCGCGCUCAACGAGGCGACCUUUUCGGCGCACACGGCCCGCUAUCGAAACUCACGCCAGGAGCCACAGGCGGUGUAGACACAUGGCGCAAGAUUGCACCGCUUGCACCCCCAGCAAAACCUGCAGCUUCACCCUCUUCACAAUCGAAGCCCGAUGAAGAUACGCAGAUCCCGGUCCUCCUAGGCAGCGGCGGCUCCGCGCGCAACGAAAUGCUCCUCGAGCGCCUGCCUUAUCUCCCCAUCAUCCUACGCAGACAUUCCACUGCGUUUCCAUCCACAGCCGCUACAAUCCGCGAGAUCCGCAAGAUCACCGCGUUCACGGGGUCCGGUGUAUUCGCGUCGCCAGAGGACGAUGCCGGCGACGAGCACGAAGAUGUCGGCGUUCAAGAGGGCGAGCAGUGGGCGACGGACAAGCCGGCGCCAGAUACGCCACGGAAGAAGAAGAGGGUCAGAAUUGUGAGUAGGGAGAAAGAAGAGAGUGCGAUCCCCGGGGGUGAGGCGGAGGGCGGAAAGUUGGUGCUCAGUGAGGAUGAUAUUGAGGAUUAGGACUAGGCGUUUGGGGAUUAGAGAAGGUGUUGUAGGUGGGCAUCUGGGCUUUACAGAUGGAGGUGCGAAGGUCACUGGCUGUUAGGAGCGCAGGUGGCGAUACGUUGAUCGAUCUCAGAUAUGCAAAUAUCGUGUAAUCUUUGCAGAUAGACGUCAUGCCUCCGAGCACUGUUUUACGAAUGCAAGGCCACAUUAGAGAG